AUCAUCUCGCCCGCCGCACGUGUGGUCGUGUACCCUGCUCUUCUCUAUCCCCAUCAGUCGUCAUCCUUGCUCGUUUCCCCAGCAUUUGGAAACUUUGAAUUCUCCCUCCUCUUGACCUCCCCUGCGUUGCCGUUGCCGCAGAACCUCACUCACCUACACCACAGUUCGCUCUUCGACAUCAUUUUAAUCUCCAUUUUCUGAGACCUACUUCAUUCUUGCAUUUGUUUCAGAGACCAUUCGAAGGCGCAUUGCGUGUGUCUGUCCGUCUGACGGAGUUUCAUAAUGCUGUCGUCGCCGCUUCGGGUGGCAUUGUUGCUUGCAAGCCUCCCGCUGCUCGUUUUCAGCCACACAGGGCAGCAGCCGCACGCCUACGAGGCUGUCCGCAAUGAAAAUCCGGCAUUGGCACAUGGAUUGACUGGAUCAUCGGGACCAAAUGCAGCAGGAAAGAAACUGCUCCGGGCUCGACAAGAUGUCAACACGACAACUGGUGUUACAACUAGUACGAGUUCCACGGCCGUGACAACCACCGACACCACCACAACAUCGACACCGCUGAGCACGAUCACAUCGACGGUGGCAUCGGACAUCCCUACAACCGCCACCGCCACCACCACUUCUCAAGGUCAGUCUAACAAUGAUAGUCUUAUCAGUCUUACAACAUCGUCGUCAACCGCGUCAACGAGCUCUGUCACCACCUCGUCGACACCACUGCCAUCUUCGCAAGGUGAGAAUUCUGCCACAUCCACGUCCACUGCUGUGUCGUCGCCGUCAUCGGCAGUGCCACCCACAUCUGUGACCACUCCCACGUCGAGCGGGCUUUUGACCUCGGAUCUCGAAAGUACGCCAUCUGUCGAUACUAGAAGCAAUCAAGCUGCCGGCCCAGCUACAACUCCCGAACCGACCACGCCCACUCUCACCACUCCGCUGGAGUCGCCUGCAACUCAGACUGGUGUGCUUGUGCCUGUCAUCACUUCCACCACCGAUGCUGCGGGCGGUGUUGUUCAGCAGACAACAACCGCUCUUGCGGCAGACGCACCGACAACCGUCGUAGUACCUAUCACAACAACAAACAACGAUGGCCAAACCAUUACCAGCUCAAGUUCCGCCCCAGCUGUCAUUGUCAGCGCCACCAACUCCGUCGGUUCGGUGGUCACCUCUGCACAACUGCUUACUACUGUCGCCGUCGCGCCUGGGGGAAGUGUUGUUACCUCGGCAGAAACACGCCUCACGACCACCGCAGCAGAUAUCGGCACAGUUGUGUUGACCAGCCCACGCGCUGGCGGUGUAUACACAGUCACAAACAACCUUGGUCGCACCGUCACGGUCACAUACACACCUCCCACCGGUCUGACUGUGAGCCAACAAACGAAGUUCAAGACGACAUUAAGCGACGGUACAGUGUCUACUGUGACCUCGGUGGUCGUUGUCGGCGCUGUUGGCACACAAACCAGCAGACUCGGCACCCCGACCACAUCAAAGCAGCCCAGUCUGAUGACCGGUGCAGCUGCAGUGCUGGGCAGCGACGUAUUUUCUGUAGCACCCGCCAUGGUGGCAGCAGUCGCUAUGGGCCUGGUCGGCUUCCUGGUAUGAUCGCGGGAAGGUAAUGCAUCAGGAGCCACAAUGCUCCCAUCCAUGGAGGCACAUUUUGUGGAAUGUUUGACUGGACCUGACCAUAUCAGCGCGAAUUA